GCCUUAAAUCUCGACUGCUUCAGUGGGCUCCGACAAGCCUCGUCACUAACGUAGAAGAGGCGGCGCCGCCACUAAAACACAGGGCAGUGCCGUGCUUGCGCGGCGCGCCCACUUCCUACGGCGCAUGCACACAGCCAUAUUGCUCGUGCAGGAGGUGCAGAGACGUGCACGAGUCACAAACACUUUUUUUGAUCUAAUUACACCCUAAUAUCCUCUGUAAUAAACCUCCUCACGGCCAGACACACGGUGAUCAUUUUAACAUUGAAUCACCAGUCUUCAUUAAGGACAACUACUGUUUUGUUCAUGGAUUUUUUCAUAAGCAUGUCUGAGACACUGAAGUAUAAUGAUGAUGAUCAUAAAACUGUAUUUUUAAAGACCCUUAAUGAGCAAAGACUCGAAGGUGAAUUUUGUGAUAUUGCUAUUGUGGUUGAAGAUGUAAAAUUUAGGGCACAUAGGUGUGUCCUUGCUGCUUGCAGUACGUACUUUAAAAAACUAUUCAAGAAGCUGGAAGUUGAUAGUUCCUCUGUCAUAGAAAUUGAUUUUCUGAGGUCUGACAUAUUUGAGGAGGUCCUUAACUACAUGUACACUGCUAAAAUUGCAGUUAAAAAGGAAGAUGUGAAUCUUAUGAUGUCCUCAGGCCAAAUACUUGGUAUAAGAUUUUUGGAUAAAUUAUGCUCUCAAAAGCGUGAUGUUUCCACCUCAGAUGAAAAUCCAUCUUCUCCAAAAAAUAAAUAUGCUUAUGAAACCAGCUUAAAGAUAAGCCGUCCAGUUGGUGAAACCAAUGACAAUCAAGAUGACGAGGUUGAAGAGAUUGGAGAUCAUGAGGAUAGCCCUUCAGAUGACACAGUUGAAGGAACUCCUCAGAGCCACGAAGAGGAAAAAUCGCCUACUUCUACUCUUCGCGUUCAAGAAGCCAUUCUAAAAGAAUUAGGAAGUGAAGAAGUACGUAAAGUCAACUGUUAUGGUCAAGAAGUUGAGGCAAUGGAGACAACUGAACCUAAGGAUAUAGGGUCACAGACACCUCAAGCUCUAACCUAUAAUGACAGCAUUAAUGAAGUAAAAGAUGAGCAAGCACAGGCAUGGACAACGACAGGUGACAUGAAAUUUGAGUAUUUGCUUUAUGGUCACAGGGAGCAGUUUGCAUGCCAAGCUUGUGGGAAGACUUUUACAGAUGAGGCUCGACUAAGAAAGCAUGAGAAGUUGCACACAGCUGACAGACCAUUUGUGUGUGAAAUGUGUGCCAAGGCUUUUACCACACAGGCACACCUAAAGGAGCAUUUGAAGAUUCAUACAGGAUACAAGCCCUAUAGUUGUGAAGUGUGCGCCAAAUCUUUUAUCCGUGCCCCAGAUCUCAAGAAACAUGAGCGAGUACACAGUAAUGAGAGGCCAUUUGCAUGCCACCAUUGUGAUAAAGCAUUUAAACACAAAUCCCACCUUAAAGACCAUGAAAGAAGACACAGAGGCGAGAAACCAUUUAUUUGUGCUUCGUGCCCAAAAGCAUUUGCCAAGGCUUCUGAUCUAAAACGUCAUGAAAACAAUAUGCAUAGCGAACAGCGCAAGCAAGUGACAAGUAAUGCCAUUCAGAGUGAAACGGAACAAUUACAAGCAGCAGCUAUGGCUGCUGAAGCAGAACAGCAGCUUGAAACUAUUGCUUGCAGUUAAAAAAAAAUAUAUAUAAUAUAUAUAUGUAGUUUAAUAUUUCCUUGGUAACAAGCAGCGGUAUAUUAUGAAAGUGAGGGUGUUGUCCAUAGCAGCCGAUAGAGGUUUUUAUAUUUUAUGUUCAGAUCUAUAAAUGGCUGAUAGAAAAGCUUUGCCCUGGCACAAUUCCUGUUAAAAAAAAAAAAAAAAAACAGACACUAGUAAAACUUCUGCAUCUAAGAUCCUCACUGAUUCUUAUUGCUUGUAAUGUUCUGUCUCAGACUGAACAAGAGCUUUUUGGCAGAAGCAAAGUGGCUUGCUUGUAUGCACAACACAUGUACUGGGUAGUUCAAAUAAUGUGGUUUGUUGGAAGCCCUGGCUUUCGUGUAGACUUGCCCACUUUUUAAGGAAAACAUUGGCAGAGGAAAUAUACAGCCAUACUGAACAUGCUCAUAACUUCUAGAAUCUGGUUGCUAUAACACCAUUACUUUUAUAGAUUACUCCUAUAUGUGUGUUAUUUUUAUGUUUUAGCCAUUUCUGUUAUGCAUUUAAAUAAUGCUUUCACUUGGUGAGAGAAAUUUUAGAUUACUGCCGGUGUGAAGUUUGGUAAAUUCUUAAAUUGGUCUUUGAAUUAAAUGAAGGCUCUGUAUUAACCCAUCUGUUUUACAUUAUUUAGGGCAAAGAUAAAUCUGAACAUACUUACAGCAAAGCAAUAAAUCCUACUAGUAGA